GUUUCGUGCGCAAAAAAUCAACAUGUCGAAGGCUAUUCUGAAAACUUGUGAGAAGCUCUACGGCACCAAGGAUUUGUACACACUCUUUGGGGUCGAAAAAAAAGCAUCGGAGCAGGAAAUUAAAAAGGCCUACUAUCGUCUGUCGAUGAAGACGCAUCCCGAUCGCGUUCCCGAGGAAGACAAAGGGGUCGCUACCGAAAGGUUCAAGGUGCUGAGCAAACUUUACGGUGUCCUGACGGAUAAGGAUAAGCGCGCUAUAUACGACGAACGGGGCAUCGUUGACGAUGACGGCGAGGACGGGGAGGACAUUCUGAAAGCCAGAUGGCAUCGUCUCUUCACACCACUGACCGUGGCGGAAAUUGACGAUUUCAAGAAAACGUACAUCGGUUCCGAGCUCGAGCGAAACGACAUCAAGAAGGCGUAUCUGAACGGUCGCGGUUGUAUCAACUACAUGAAUCAGAUGGUUCCCUUCAUGAGCUGUGAAGAUGAACCGCGCGUGGCACAGAUUGUGCAGGAACUGAUCGACGCGCAGGAAGUGCCGCCGUACGAUGCCUUCCUCAAGGAGCCGAAGGCAAAACGCGAUCGCCGUCACAAGAAGUAUGCCCGCGAAGCUAAGGAGGCCGAUAAAGUGAAGCGUGAGAAGCGUGAGGACGAUGACGAAAUGGCUUCACUGCAGAAACAGAUUGCUCUCCGCAAUACCGCACGGAAGAGUGCGUUCGAGUCGAUGAUCGAUUCGCUCGUAACGCGCUACGGCGAUGAGGAUGCGUCGCAAGAGUUCGAAUCGCCGAAAAGGAAGCGACCCAACAGCAAGAAAUCGGCAGACACAAAAUCGCAACCUACUCGCAAAAAUAAAAGUCGUGCAGCCAAAUCCUAAAUUUACUCACUUACAGCUCUAGGAAGCGAAACGAGACGGUUUGGCCAAGUCCGGGAAAAAUUGGAACGUGAAACGGCACUUGCUGCCUGUAUUUAUUGGAACUAUUUGAAACAAAAUAAAAAUUCAUUCCGCUCUGCGGGAACUAUCUUCAAU